CCAUUGCAUACAUACCUCAUCGCGUGCCCAUCCAUACCACUCUCUCAUCUCCUCGCACUCACUGUCCACCGACCAUGGUGAGGUGGCAGUCAUUGCCGACAUAAUGCGAAUCACCUCUUGAUCGCCAGGUGUAUCCGCGAUGCCUGGCCUUCCCGCCAGUGUCGAUCUCGAUGAGUGCAUCGCCCGCCUCUACCGCAAAGAGCUCCUCGCCGACUCGGUCAUCGAGGCCAUUUGCGCCAAGACGAAAGAGCUGUUGAUGAAGGAGAGCAAUGUCGUGCACAUCCAAGCUCCUGUCACCGUUGUCGGCGACAUUCAUGGCCAAUUCUUCGACAUGAUAGAGAUUUUCAAGAUUGGCGGAUACUGUCCUGAUACCAACUACCUCUUUCUGGGCGACUAUGUCGACCGCGGACUGUUCAGCAUCGAAACCAUCUCCCUCCUCGUCUGCUUGAAACUCCGCUACCCUCAACGCGUCCAUCUUAUCCGCGGUAAUCAUGAAUCGCGCGGCGUCACACAGUCCUACGGCUUCUACACCGAGUGCAGUCGCAAAUACGGCAACCCCGCCGUCUGGCACUACUUCACCGACAUGUUCGACUACCUCAGCCUGUCCUGCGUCAUCGACGACAAAAUCUUCUGCGUGCACGGCGGAUUGAGCCCGAGUAUACACAGUAUUGAUCAAAUCAAGAUCAUUGACCGAUUUCGCGAGAUUCCGCACGAAGGACCGAUGGCGGAUUUGGUGUGGAGUGAUCCCGAUGCCGAACGGGACGAGUUCAGCCUGAGUCCUCGUGGGGCCGGGUAUACAUUCGGCGCGCAGGUGGUGAAGAAGUUUCUCGAGGUGAACAGCAUGAAUCACAUCCUGCGAGCGCACCAGCUCUGCAAUGAAGGCUACAUGGUCAUGUUUGACGACCGACUGUCGACGGUGUGGAGUGCGCCGAACUACUGCUACCGCUGCGGCAAUCUGGCGAGUGUGCUGGAAGUCGGGCCCGGCGGAGAGCGCAAGUGGAAUGUGUUUGAUGCGGCGCCGGAGAAUGAGGCACAUCGACUGGAGCAGCAGCAGCAACAGCAGCAUGCUGGCAACGAUCCCGUGCGCGACUACUUUUUGUGAUGGGCAUGCAUUGGCUUUUGAGAUACCAGAUAGAGCGUGGCAUGGGUGGCGAAGCAUAUGUAGAAGUAUUCGUAGAAGUAUUCGUAGAAGUAUUCGUAGAAGUAUUCGUAGAAGUAUUCGUAGAAGUAUUCGUGG